AUGCUCGCCCUCGAGCAUUCUCGUCGUCAACAGUUUGACCCAGCGUACGACUUCGAGCAAAGCAUUCAAGCGCCCUUCCCCAGCCUGACCAUGGAUACCUACGACUCGACGGAACCCAUGAUCAACUUCCACCCUCUCCCAUACUCGUUCUUUGACAACCCGUCCAUGUUCGCGACGGCACCCAUGCAAGCCCUCAAGCAAGAGAUGCCGCCAUUUCAGGAUCUGCCGCCGGCUCUGAUUUCGUCGGGUUCGGCACCAUCAAUCCCCAGCGCCUCGUCCUCGACGGUCGGUUCUCCAUACUCGGGCCCGUCCCACACCAUCCCGUGUCAAGAUGGCAUUGACCGCACGGUUUCUUCCUUUGGAUUGGGCGUCAUGCCAGCUAUCGUCAAUCACGAGGCCUUUUCGCAAGAUGUCCUGGGAACUUCCAUGGAAGCCGAGCUGUCAUUGGGGAGCCACGAAAAGCUCCCCGACAGUUUUGUGGAUCCGUCCUUGAUCCACGCUUCCAGACCAUAUGGCGACGCGGUCUUUGCUGACCAUGGGGUCUUUGCACCCAGCCUGCACUCCUUCACCACCACAUCCCCCUCAGGCUCACCAGCUCCAUCACCUCAACCAUACGGCGUCUAUCCUGCACCUCAAUUCUCUGAACCCAUCACAAACACCACCUACUAUCAACAGCAGCACUAUAUGAGCCGGCGACCUUCCCUCGCGUCCUACGUGUCUGCUGUCUCACAUCCAAGCCCGGCCUCGGAAAUUGAUGAUGAUGGCCGGGACAAGGGCCGAUGCCCACAUCCUGAAUGCGGAAAAGUCUUCAAGGACUUGAAGGCUCACAUGUUGACACACCAAGCCGAACGGCCGGAGAAGUGCCCUAUCUUGACCUGCGAAUACAAUCAGAAAGGAUUCGCACGCAAGUACGACAAGAAUCGGCACACCUUGACCCAUUACAAAGGCACCAUGGUCUGCGGAUUUUGCCCUGGUUCAGGCUCUCCGGCUGAGAAGAGCUUUAACCGAGCCGAUGUCUUUAAGCGACACUUGACUUCGGUCCACGGCGUCGAGCAGACACCACCCAACAGCCGAAAGCGCAGCCCAUCGGCAAACAACCGAAAGCUCUCCAGUUACUGCCAAGAUGCCACAGGCAAGUGCUCCACCUGCUCGGCAACAUUCAACAACGCUCAAGACUUUUACGAGCAUCUUGAUGACUGCGUGCUGCGUGUGGUGCAACAAGAGGAGCCUUCAGAGGCUGUAAAUGUCCAGCAUCUCUCACAAAUUAGCAACGACAAGGACGUCCAAGAAACCCUGGACCGCCACAUGAUCAAGACGGAGGAUGCUUCCACUAGCUUUGACGAUGAAGAUGACGAGGACGACGAAGAUGACGAAGACGAUGAUGAGGACGAUGACCCGUCAUUCAAUAGUCGAUCUGGCAAAGGCGCACUCAAAUCCCACAAGGCUCCUGCAUCGGCACGAGCAAUUAUCGGGGGCGGUGUCUCCAAACCGGGCAAGUCUUCGAAGAAAGGCAUGACAUGGUCCAAAGGCGGAGUGGCUCUCGCCGGCAAAGGCCGCAAGAAGAGAAAGCACUACCCGCCGUCCUGGGGCAUGUCCGCUGAGAAGAUGCGCAUGAAGAAGCGCGUGCUUUGCGUUUAUGACGGCCCGCGGCGCCUAUGGAAAGACGACAUGAUGCUCCACAAUGAGUUUGAGGUUCGGCUGCCUCUGGCCGAUUGCAAGAGCUAUGUCACCGACCUCGACAUCGAGACCCUCAAGCGAGCUGAGGCUUUGCACAACGCCACAGUCGAAGAGAAGGGUCCGUGGAUUCCGACAACAGAGGACGGUGGUCAAGGUUUCGACCUCAAUACCCUAAUGGCCUAA